AUCUUCCAAGCCGCAUUGUGUCUGAAAAAAAAACGAACAGGCAGCGCAUCGGCCAAGCAUAGGAAGGAAGACAAUUUGACGUCAGCAUUCAAAAGUGAAAACUAAUGGGAAACUUGAGUCACAUCGGCUUUGGAUUCCAGGUAGCGGUGCAGCUGGAGCACAGCAGAAAGCUCACGACUGAGUUGACCAUGGCAUACAAAGAAUUCUUUAUUGUCCUGAUGUUUUUGUGCGACCUGGCUGUGGCCCUCCCAGAGAGCACGGUGUCCUGCUACAGGAUCGAGCCGGGAACGAUUGCCGGCAUCGUCUGUGCCGAUGUGCUGCUGACUGUUGUCAUUGUCGUUGUCACCUACAGAUGUGCUGGAUAUCGGCGUCAAAAGAUAGAAAAAGCCAACGAAGUGUACAUGAAUGUCAGAGCUAAUUGCAAGAGCUAAUCUAAAGGUGGUGCAGUACAUUAUAAGAUCAUGUUUAGUUUUUUAAAUCUAAUUUUUUUUUUUAAAUGUUAAUUAGACAUCCAACAAUAUGGCACACAGACAUAAUGUCUUACUUAUAUUGUUAUUCAUCAACCUUGGUGACCUUGUAACUUGAUAUAAAUGUCACUAAAUCCUGAGUUGAUGAUGAAUUAAAAUAAAUAUAUUUUUUGAAUUCAGUUUCACCAUGUCUGAUAAUAUUCACGUUGAAUGGAUUGUAAUUUUUGCUGUCUAUUUAGAUUUUUUUUAUUUAUUUAGUUGGUUUGCAUGCUUGUGUGUUUUGCUUUCUGUUUUAGUUACUAAAUGUUAUAUAAAGUGGCUAAAUGACGUGAUUGGUGUGACCAACACAGGAGACAUGGCCAGGCCUGGGAGAGAUGAU